AUGUAUUUCAGAGGGCUGCUUGACGCAACAUACUCGUUUCUGCUUCUACUCUCAGCUCAGGCUCAGGUUGCAGCCGCAUCUGAUGUCGCAGACUCACACGAUGUGAAGCAGGUCGCCGUCAUUGGGGCUGACCCAACAUCCCCAGGCGCCGGCGCCGCCGGCUCAUCCGCCGCGUACCACCUGCAGCAGUACGCCGCGGCCUCCGGUCUCGCGGUCAACAUCACCAUCUUCGAGAAGACUUCGCACAUAGGCGGGCGCACGCUCACCGUCGACGUCUUCGCCGAACCGCUCGAGCCGGUCGAGGUGGGCGCGUCCAUCUUCGUCGACGUCAACUACAUCCUCAGCAACGCGACGCGCGCCUUCGGCCUGCCGGUCCGCGAGUCCGGCACCGACGAAGACGGCCUGCUGGGCGUCUGGGACGGCGUGCGCUUCGUCUACACGCAAAACACUAAUUCCUGGGGCUGGUGGAACCUCGCGCGCCUGUUUUGGAAGUACGGGUCUGCGCCGUACUACACGCACCGCCUCGUGCAGGAGACCGUGGGCACGUUCUUGAAGCUCUACGAGGCGCCGUAUUUCCCGUUUCGGUCGCUUACUACGAGGGCGUAUCAGCUGGGGCUGGUCAAGGUCACGGGGUUGACGGGGGAGCAGUUCCUGGCUGAGAACAAGCUCGACGGGCCCUUCGCCCACGACAUCAUCCAAGCAAGCACCCGCGUAAACUAUGCCUCGAACCUGCAAUACAUCCACGGCCUCGGCACCAUGGUAGCCAUGGCGCCCGAGGGCGCAAAAGCCGUAGUAGGAGGCAACUGGCAGAUAUUCUCUUCCAUGGUCGCCGCGUCCAAAGCCACCGUCUACCUAAACUCAUCCGUGACGUCCAUCACCACGGAGCCCGGGUCCGGCGCGUCCAAAUACCGCAUCAAGACAUCGUCAUCGUCCUCAUCCGUAGACACAACAACAUCCGCCCUCGGACCCGAGACCCAGCACCACGUCCCUUUCGACUCCGUCAUCCUCGCCACGCCCUACCAGUUCGCCAACAUCACGCACGCGCCGGACCUGCUUCCGCACCCGAUCGACGCGAUCCCCUACGCGACGCUGCACGUGACGCUCUUCGCGACGCCGUUCCGCCUCAGCGCGGCCUUCUUCGGCCUCGAGCCGGGGGCCGAGGUCCCCAUCUCAGUUCUAACAACCCUAAACCCCGACGAAACCCCCAAAUCCGGCGCCGACGGCGCCGGCAGCGCGGGCUUCUACUCGGCCACGCUCGUCAAGGUCGUCACGAACCCGCGGACCACGGGGACCGAGUACGUGUACAAGAUCUUCUCGCCCAAGAAGGUGACGGCGGCGUUCCUGUCGGAGCUGCUGGGCGUUGCGGUGCCGGAGACGUUCACGCCGCCGGAGACUGAUACUGCUGCUUCUGCUGCCCCAUCCGCCAAUGCGGAUGAUGAGUCGAGCGUUGUUGUCGACCCCGUCUCGUGGUACCACGCCACCGUCUUCCACCCGUACCCGCAGAAGUUCCCGCGCGUGACGUUCCAGGAUCCCAUCCUCGCCGACGGUAUGUACUACACGUCGGGGAUCGAGAGCUUCAUAUCGACGAUGGAGACGAGCGCCCUGAUGGGCAUGAACGUCGCGCGACUGAUCCUGGAUCACUACUUGGGCGUCCCGAGCGCCGAUGGCGAAGAGACGGGUCUCAAGGUCGCGGAGCAGCAGCACUCGGGUCAGGACGUCUUGGCGGGGCAGCAGGAGAAGACGGCCGAAGCUUAUGGUAGUCCUGCUGGGGAAUCUGGAGAGUUAUGA